ACAGAAAGAAAUAGAAGGGAGAGAAAGAGAGAGAAAGAGAGGGCUUCGUCUGGUAUGAGUCAUUUCAGCUCUCAGUGGUUCACAAACUUUUUUAAUUGCGAAUACUUGCUGGUCGAGGUUCGUCUUUAAAUUGAUCCAGCAAUCCCUUGUUCGAAGUAAUACAUAUACACUUUCGCGAGGUUCAAAGUAUGUUAAUAGUCCUGUGAACGUUGAUUCUGCGUCGCUGCUCUAAUAACUGUAAAACGUAAAAGUGCGAUUGAGGAGUACAACACAUUGUCAUCAUGUCGAGUCCGUCGUUGAAAGACCUGCCAAAAGUAGCCUUAGACUUGAAAAGCGAGUUGGAAGGUUUCAAUCAUGGAUGCAUGAAGAAAGCCGCGACCGCGGAGAAGAAUGUGUUACCUUCUGCCGAAGACGUGCGACAAGAACGACAGCACACUGAAUUAAUCCACGAUGUGGAGUCGUUUAAACCAGAUCAGUUGAAACACGCCGAUACGAAAGAGAAGAUUAUUUUGCCCAAUGCCAAAGACGUAGCCGCGGAAAAGACUCAGCAAACGCUGAUGUCCGGUAUCGAGAAAUUCGACCCGGCCCGUUUGAAGCAUACCGAAACUCAAGAAAAGAAUCUGCUACCUGACAAGGACGCGAUCCAACAGGAGAAGGGAAAGCAGCAGCUGAUCUCUGGUAUCGAGAAUUUUGAUCCAGCGAAACUGAAGCACGCGGAAACGCUUGAGAAAAAUCCGUUGCCUACCAAAGAAGCGAUCGCCGCUGAGAAAAUAGCUGCUUAAGAAAAGCUUUUACAAUGGAAAAGACG